AUGAAUCUGGGUUCAGGCAAUGACCAGGGUGGGGACUCAGAGACCACCUUCCAGCUAUGGCUACAGCUAUUCCUCUGGGCCCACCUGACUAUUCGUUUCCUGAGCUACCUGCACCACGCCCUCUGGGCACCUAAGCCACAGCCAGCACCCUGA